UGACCAAUUAAGUAUUAAUUCUGAUACUAGAACUUCGUUUACAUUUACUGUUAUGACUAACAUCAACAAAUACUGAAUCUUCUAAAAUUCUUUUUCAAAGUGAUUGUGAAGAUAGAUUGUAAAACUUUUAAUUAAUUCUGAUUAUGUGCGAUUUUAAUUACCGCUUUAUGGAUGCAAAACUUUUUCGACCGAUAGAAAUUCUUAAAACUGUCGCUUUAUGAAUACUAGAAACUAUGCUCAUAAACUAUACGCCAGUCAGAUGAAUACUGUACAAUCGCGAUCAUCAUUAUCUUCGGAGUGCAUAUGAUUUGGAUUUGACGGUUGAAUUCGUGUUGUUUAUAAUUUCUACAAUAUUGUUCUCAGCGAAAUAUUAUUUGCUCUUAAAUAUGUCUUAUACAUUAACAGUAGGUGAAAACACUUGAAUGUAGAUAUAAGGUUGCGAACUUCUUCCCGCCAUUGGAACGCGUAAACAUUUUUACUGGUGAAUGAAAUCGCAUUACAAUAUGUAUUGAAGUAUUUGUGAGUGAAAAAGUCGCCACUAGUUUGACAAGUAGCGGUGGAUUGUUGAGAGGGAAAAAGUUUUUUGGAGCACAGCAAGCCACUGAACAGCGGUGGUAGCAAGGAAAUUUUUAGUGUUCACGAAGUAGUUGGAAAAAAUGCCUCUACUUCGAAGGAAACUCUUCGAAAAAGUCUCAGGUCCAGAACGCCUCCGUGAUAGCGAUGAAGUGUUUUAUUGUGAGACAACAAACGAAAUCUUCAGUAAUUAUGAGGACUACUUUCAUCGUGUUAUGCUGAUUUCUUCAAUUGUAUGGAGUUGUUCUAUAACUGGAAAACCAAACUUAACUUAUGCAGAGGCAUUAGAGUCAGAAAAACAAGCUCGUAAGCUGUUAAGAAGUUUUCCUCAUGCCGUGAAGGGACCACUUCUACUGACAGCCUCUCACACAAAACGCAGCUCAUUGAACGAGUUGUUGGAAGAUGUUUUCAGUUUUAUCAAGGACCACUAUUUCAAGGGUGAAGAACUAGAUGCAAUGGAUCCAAAUAAAAAAGUAUUCCGGAACGUAACCAUACUAGAAGUUGUUGCCCCGAACAUUAAAACCAGUCCCGUUAAAGCGGAGAAGCUGAAGUACCGAGUUCAAUCGGAAGAUGGUCGUAAACCAAUCGAGUGGAUUGUAAGUGCUGAAAAUAUUAGACGCGAUCGUUCCUCCACAACACGUGACAAAUGCAAACUUUUUUUAAAGUUGCACGUUGAACAGGUGGCUGGUGUGUUGAAAAUUAAGGAAGCUUCGCUUAAAAAGUAUGUCAUUGAUGAAGGAAUUACAGCGGAAAGGAUUUUCUUUGGCAAGCCACCUGAUUUUGAACAAUCAAAACGCUUAAAAAAUGCUGAAGAAAAAAAACAUCGCUUACAACUGGAAAAGACAAACUCAUCUCCCCCGCAUCAAAAGCAGAAGAAAAAAAAUAAAACAAAUGAAACUAGCAACAAAGAUGCAAAACAGCAAAGUAUUUCAAAGUACUUGAACAAAUCCACCGAAGAUUGUAGUAAACCUGAUGAUUAUGAUGAAGAUACCAAAUCUGAUAAAAAACUUAAAGAAGAAAUAGAGAGAAUUCGGAGAGAGAAAGCAGAAAAAGAAGCAUUAGAAAAGAAACGACUGGAUGAACAGAAGGCUAUACUCGCAGAACAGGUAACAAUUGCGAUUAAAAAAUAUAAUCGUGUUCUCGAGGACCAAGAGCUCUCUGAUCAAAGAGUAAUUCCGACUCCGACACCAGUUGUCACCAUAAUUGGCGAGAAACAUUUCAGUACGUUCAUGUAUAUUUUAGAAUUCAUGACAUCAUUUGCUGAAUUGCUUUCAAUUAAGGAUAAGUUUGCCAACGGACUGACAAUGGAGCUUUUAGAAAGAGCAUUGUUACUGAAAGAGGUAAAUGGACCUCUCAGUGACAUAUUUCAGGUACUGUUAAGUACAAUUUUUUCUCAUCAAAUUGAGGAAGAAAACGAAGUAGCUGUCAGGUUUGAUACCGCCGCCGAUUGCGGAAAUCGUAAAACUGGGAUGGCAAUUCUCAAAAAGGCUACAGAGGCUGCCAUAUGGUGUGAAUCUCAUUACUGUUCUAAACUUAAUGAGCUACCAAUGGAUUCCACCACCAUAUCGGAGCUGCUUCGUCUUCAUUUUUUGACCUCUGGUGCUCUAAUCGAGGAAAGGGGAGCUAAAUGGCGAUAUUCAAUGAGAGGAGGAUAUCAAAGCUAUGAUGAUCCUGGUGUGCAGCUUGUGCUCGAUUAUCCGCAUAUAUUUCGAGCUCUUAAAACGUACACUGUAUUUCAACUCCCUGCUGGAGAUAUUCUGAAAAUCUUGAAAUGCCUUAUAGACCAGUUAUUAACGUAUGGAAGUGUAAGAGAACUGGUAGAGGAACGUAUUGAGAAGUCUAGGUUAGCUAAACAGCAGUAUCUCACGGCAAAUGUUGCGAAAAGAAAACGCGAAGCUAGUGUAGCUUCCAAAAAAUGGGACAUGAGGGGCGAAAUCAAGAAAAAGGUGGUCGCUCACGAAGGGUCAUUAGAAGAGAAGUUAUCUCUCCGUAAGGAGCUGGAAAAUCAAAUGGCUCAGGAAAUAAUUAAAAUGGACGCGGAGGCAGAACGUGACAUAAAAAUAUUACAAAAAGAUAUUGAUAAGUUUAAGGAAAGCUUCUUUGACUAUCAAAUAUAUCUAGGUACCGAUAGAGCUCAUCGCAGCUAUUGGUUAUUUGAGUCACUUCCUGGUUUGUUUGUGGAACAUGAUCGAACGUUUAGUGGUAGGUGUCUUGAUUCGCCUACUUCGCAUAUACCAGGCUUAGCUUCAUGCCCACCGGAUCUAAGAAAAAAGUUUAUUACUCAAACUAUAAUGAACAACAAACUUAGUGAAAAUGAUAAAGAAAAUCAAGUCGUUGCAGGCGAACUUGUAAUUGAAAAACUAAUGCUAAGCGGCUGUGCUAAACUGAAAGGAUUAAAUGACCACAAUAAGACAACCAUAAAUGGUAUUACAGAUGAAACUUCGGGAGUUAUUAAAAAAGAAGUGCUGACACCAACCAAUGAGGAGCUCCUCAUGUGUACUGCAAAUCCGAAUGCUUGUCCAGUUCACACUGACAAUUUCCCUGGAACUAUUCGAUGGGGUUUCUACCACACUGAGGAACAAAUAAACGCACUCAUAGAAAGCCUCAACUCACGAGGUAUACGCGAAAAAGUGUUGCGCGAAAAUUUGGAGAACGAAAAAGAAUUGAUACUUACACAUAUUAGAGACUGUCCAGUCGAAAAGGUAAUGACUAGUUCAUCUCAGAGAGAUACGAUAAUGGCUGAAAUCAUUUCGAAGUAUAGUAAAAAAUAUGAUGCUCCUAAUUUUAAUCAUGAACCAGGGACUGACGCGAAUGUUAUAUUUGAAACAUCGUUACGUGAGAAUUUGUUGGAACUGGAAUCAAAAAUCACAGUGGGAUAUUUGGGUUGCAUGAAAGUUACGGAUCGAGAUGAGUGGCGCGAAGCUCUUGAACAGUUUGAAUAUAAACAACUUUCCGAACCACUUCUUUAUGGCCCCAAUCGAGUGUUAGCGAUCAAAGAAAAAAAAGACGACCAAGAUGAAACAGAUGAAGGUAUGGAGGACAGUGUAUCGGACGAUGAUAAUAAUGAGAAGCAGCAUGCUUUGAACGAUAAAGAUCCCGGUUACGAUUUAUCUGAAACAUCUAAUGAGCCUAAUGAUUCGGACGACGAAACCAUUUCACUGCAUGAUGCCGCAGUUUUGAAGGAUAAAGUUCAUUCCUUAGCCAAGGCAUUACUUCAAAUCGAACAGUGUAUCGAUUCCAAGUUCUUCCGAUAUCCAUUCGGUCCCGAGAAACAAACAAAAGACAAGGCAACGAUGACGAAGAAAAUGAUCCAAGGACAGAAAAACAUAGCUCGAUGGGAGGAAACAUUAAUGCGCGCAACAAGUUUUUCGCAAAUUUUUCUCUAUUACAACAUACUUUACGAUGCUAUUCAAUGGUCUAGAUCUGCAGAACGUAUAGCUUGUAUGAUUUGCCGUCGAAAAGGUGAUCCGGAUAUGACGUUGCUUUGCGAUGAUUGUAAUCGUGCUUGUCACAUGUACUGUUUAAAACCAAAACUGAAACAAGUUCCGGCUGGAGAUUGGUUUUGUGUAAAAUGUCGUCCAGAGGACUAUGCCAAAAAGAAGCAAACCAAAAAACGGAAGGUGUUCGUUGAAGAAGAACCUGUUGAGGAAGAGCAUACAGAAGAAGAACUUGACGAGACAGCUGUUGAUGAAAAUGAUGAAGAAGAACAUUCGGACGAUGAUAUGGAAUUUAUGUGCAAAAAGUGUAAAACAGGAGGCGCCACGGCUGUUUGUUACACUUGCAGUACAGCAUAUCAUCCAGAAUGUACCAAAUCUCUAAGUGGCACACCAAAAAAGAGGUGGAAUUGUGACAAGUGUCUCAAAAAAUUGUCUAAUGAAUCUGGAAAUUCGAAGAAAAAGAAUAAAAACAAGAAAAAAAAUAAAAAGAAAGUUGCAGUUCGUUUAGUCGCUGCACCUAUUCAAGAUGAUAGUUAUGAAAACUCUGAGAAUGAUGCUGUAUCUGAUGUCGAUGAAUCCUACGUGGAAGACGAUCCUAUUGAGGAGAAUACCGGAAUCGAGCCUACAGAUUCCGACAAGUUGCAGGCAAAUACCUCGAAAAAACGAAAUUACAAACGAAAAGCCUCUGACGAGGAAGCAAGCAGCAGUGACGAUGAGCCUCUUAUUUCUAAGGCUAAACGAAAUCGUCGGUCAUUAUCUAAACGUUCCAUGUUCGAUGGCUAUUCUGAAGAUGAAAUCACAGCGGCUGAGCCAGUUAUCAAAUCUAGACGAUCCACGACGACAAACCCUACCAACGAUGAUUUAGAUUCAUCCAGCUCCCGUCGAGCUAGACGUACUGGUGAUAAUUUACCACUAAAUAGUGUAGCUCUAUAUACUCUACUUGAUGAUAUACUAAAGCAUUCAGAAUCGUGGCCAUUCGACAGACCAGUUUCUGUUAAAGAAGUGCCAGAUUAUUAUACCAUUAUAAAAAAUCCUAUGGACUUUGCCAAGAUAAAGUCAAAAUUAAAUAUGGGCGAAUACACGAUCAACGAACAGAUGAUGAAUGAUGUACAGUUGGUAUUCCGCAAUUGCGAUCUUUACAAUACAGAUGAAACAGAAAUUUACCAAGCUGGUCGAAGUUUAGAACGUUAUGUAUUGCAACGCGCUAAAGAAUUAUCACUACCGUUCAAACCCAGUGAUAUGCUAAAAAAUGACGACUCCUCAAGAAACGGCAAGCUAACAGCUUUGAUCAAUGGUGAUAGUUGUGUUAGUGAUUAUGCAAAUGGGUCCGGGAAACGCAAAAGCACAAAACUGUAAGCACGAAUUUGCGCUCAUGGUCUGAACUUACAUAGUAUUCAUAGGUGUUUUAGCAAAAAAUUCAAUCGUGUUUCUCUUUCACAAUAAUUUCUGGUAAGAAAAAAUAUACGAACAUGUUUUUUAUUGUUGGUGUUGCAAUUAGAAAUAGUGUCGUAUCUUCCGCAUCUCUGUCAUGACACGAUAUGACAUUAACUGUAAGCAAGAAAUAAGUUAUAAAUACAUCCCAUUUAGAAGUGUCCCGAAAAUCGCAUACUAUGCUUAAACAUUAUCUAUAUUCGUGGGUUCAUUCAGCAAAAUUUAUAUUUUAAUCUUUUUAUUUAUAACAAUCGAUUACGCUAGAUUUAAGAAA